GAUUUAAUAAAAUUGCCUACGCGUCUAUGACUAUGCUUGCACCUCAAGCAGUUACGCGUCUCUAUGUUCUAUAAAAUAUCAUUCUUGCACGAAAACAAUCCAUUCAUUGAUUUUUGAAGCUCUUUCUUCUCUCACUAUCGCAUCGGAGGAAUCUUUGCUCGGUAGCUCAUCGGAAAAAACAUUCGAUCGCUGAUUAGAGGAAAUUUGGUAGCGGCAAUUGAAGAAUUAUCAUCCUAAAGUAUCGGAAAAACCUUGGCGGCGGCAAAUUCAAGAUUAAUGCAGCCGACAAUUGAAGAUUAGCUCUCUAUGCAUCGGAAAAUCGUAUAAGUCGACGAUCCUGCAGAUUGGCGUACAACAAUUUCUGUUUCGCCGAUCUUUUGUGGGCAAUUCACAAUUCGAUCGCAUAUUGAUUAUAGUUUUUGAUCCUCUUGUAUACGAAUGAAAUAGCAAUUUCUCUCUCUCAUAUUAAAGUUUGUAUUCUUUCGUUAGUGUUUAAUUCGAUGCCGAUAUAUUUUAAAUUUUUCAGUGCCAAAGAGUAUGAUUCCAUCUCUGUGGAUGGCUCUGUUAUUUCUGUUGAUGCUUUGAAAAGGAAAAUUUUUGAAUGUAAGUAUAAAUCUAAUAUGAAAUCUCAUUCUAAUGGUCUAUGUUUUGGUACUGAUUUGGACCUCGUGGUCAUUAAUGCCCAGACCAAUGAUUGUUAUGUUGAUGAUAUGUUGAUUCCUAACAAUACUCGUGUCUUGAUUCGCCGUAUUCCUGGAACGAGGCGUGGCAAGCCCAUAAACACUGCAACUAUUGUUGUUAUCGAAAAGCAACAGCCACUUAGUUCCUCUUAUCGGACUGGUUCAUCCAAUACUGAAACUGUUGUUACUGCUUCAUCCAGAAGCACCCCCGUAAAUUCUGGUGUUAGUUCUGUGUCUGCAAGUACUAUUACUAGUUUGUCCUCAACAAAAUGUAGUGGAGACGCAAGUUUUGGAUAUGAUGAUGGGUUCGGGGACGAUGUGUUUGUGAUUCCCAGAAUGAAGCCAGCUCAGUCUAGCAUGACAACUGUAGAUGUGGAAUCUGAUGAGGACAGCAAGAUUAAGGCUUUGGUCAAUACUCCAGCCUUGGACUGGCAGCUUGAAGGUUCUAUUGGUGUGGGUUCUAGGACCCAAGGCUUGAAUGGUAGGGGUUGUGGAAGAAUGGAUGGCCAUAGUUUUGGUGGAUUGUGGAAGAAAACACCUCCAGAAGGUUAUAUAUGUCACAGGUGUAAGGUGCCGGGACAUUUUAUUCAGUAUUGCCCAACAAAUGGAGAUCCAAAUUAUGAUUUCAAAAGAGUAAGGCCUCCUACUGGUAUUCCCAAGUCGAUGCUGGUGCCAAACCCAGAUGGCUCUUAUGUUUUGUCAAGCAGUGCAACUGCUGUUUUGCAGCCUAAUGAUGAUGCUUUCAAGAAAGAAAUUUUUGGCUGCUUCCCUUCAAAGAGAUCCUGGUCUGUUAGUGAUCUUCCACCAGAACUCCUCUGCCCCUUGUGCAAGCAAGUAAUGAAAGAUGCUGUAUUGACUAGCAAAUGCUGUUUCAAGAGCUUUUGUGAUAAAUGCAUUAGAGACCAUCUAAUCAUCUCUAAGUUGAAAUGUGUAUGUGGAGCAGCAAACGUCCUUGCUGAUUCUCUGAUUCCAAACAUGACACUUAGAGAUACAAUUAAUUGCUCUGUGGAGUCUAGUUGUGGAAAUACCAGUAGCGGUGAAAAUGCCAAAAGCAACUCUUUUCGAGUUAUGGAUGUGGAAUCUGCUCACUGUGCGCAACCUCAGAUUUCUACAACAAAACUAUCUGCAGGAUCAUUUCAGGAAGCAAAGAAGAAAACAUUUGAUAAUAUAGAAGACGAGGCAAACAAAAGGAAGCUUCUUGAUGAUCCAUACCAGAUUGCUAAAAAAGCUAGAACUACAAGAGCAGCUGAUAUAUCUGAAGCCACUAUUGGGUCAACGAGAAUGAAGGAUACAGCAUCACAAGGAAGUGUUCUGGUGGUUGAGGAAGAAGUGCAGGAAGAGGUGGUUUCUAGCGAGGGAGGAAAGAAUAGGAAAGUUUUUGAGGAUGAAGUUCAGCAAAAAUUGGUUUUCAGCAAGGGAGGAAAGAAAAAGAGAGGAAUUAAAAAUUCUCAAGAUGAGUCUCAGAGCUUUUUGAUGCCGGUUGGCUUUUAUGCAUAUAAUCCUUAUUGGGCUGGUGUGCAGGCGGGGAUGGAAGGAUACAAAGCACCUUAUUAUGCUGCUGGUGCAAUGAAUUAUGGGCUGAGCCCCUUUGGGACUACAUUCAAUAGCAUGAUGAAUGAAGCCUCUUUCAGUAUGCAGCAAAUGUGUGGCAGGCAAUGAAGCUGUUGGUGCAAAGCUCGACAAUGAUUUUAACUGCAAUCGUUCCUCUUUUCUAUUUUCUUUCAGGGCUAUAUGUGUAGAUAAUCAAAUCCAACAUUGAUACAGUGAUGUAGUUUGGUCUAACCUUGACUUUUAUUUGUAGUUGCUAGUUUGGUAUUUUAAUAAAAUUUUCAUUUUUUCCUAGUA